AUGUUGGACCCUUUCCCACCGCCACCGGCUUGGCUACGGAGCUUCGUUGAGCCCUAUGCCCUCUACUACAACAGCCCGACGCUUCCCGACCACAUCCAUGAGGUGAUCGGAGCCUUCGUUUUCUACCUCGCGAUCCAUGCGAUUGUCUCGCCUUGGCUUUCGCCGAUCCUCUUCCCGCAGUCUUACAAGAGCCUCAAGCCAAGAACACGACUGAACUGGGAUAUCCAUGUUGUCUCCCUCGUUCAGAGUGUUGUGAUCAAUGUGGCCGCUCUGUGGGUUAUGUACGUCGACCGCGAGCGCAGCGCCAUGUCGUCAGGCGAGCGGGUCUUCGGGUACACCGGUGCCUGCGGUCUCAUUCAGGCCCUCGCUGUCGGGUAUUUCGUCUACGACCUGAUCGUCAGUGUCAUCUAUGUGCGCAUGUUUGGCAUCGGAAUGCUUUUCCAUGCCGUCAGCGCUUUGUGGGUUUUUAGUCUGGGCUCUAGACCAUUCCUCAACUACUAUGCGCCAACUUUCAUUCUCUACGAGCUCUCGAGCCCAUUCCUCAAUAUCCACUGGUUCCUCGACAAGGUCAACAUGACCGGAAGUCGCGCCCAGUGGUACAACGGAAUGGCCCUGCUGGGUACAUUCUUCGCUUGCCGUCUUGUUUGGGGAACUUGGCAAUCUCUGGUCGUAUACUCCGACAUGUGGAACGCCCUCCAGCACACCUGGAACGCUGCCGCGUCUCCGCUCUCUGAGCCCGUUAGCGUCAACGCAGCUGUGUUCUACCCAGCCCGUGACGGUAGCAUGUGCAUCGACGAGACCUGCGCUCGCGCCAAUGCCGAAAUUACCAAGUACAAAGACUUCACUUCGGCUGGCGUCCCAACGUGGCUAGUCGUCACUUACGUGGGAUCGAACAUGAUCCUCAACUUCUUGAAUUACUUCUGGUUCUCCAAGAUGGUUGAGACGGUGCUCAAACGCUUCCGUGGACCUGCACAAGGAGCUGACAAAGAGGGCACGGAGAAGACCCAGCUGAAGGACGACAUCGUUCAUGAUGUUGUUCUUGAGGCGGCUUCCCAGUUGGAGCAGGAUGAGAGCGCUGUCAUGAAGGGUGAUCUUUCUGCUUUGCAGGAACAAGUCUCUUCGGCUGUUGACUCUGGUCUUACGGAUGAACUCCGCAAACGCAGGGCGGAGCUUGUUGCGAAGGUUCCCUUGCCCGGUGCUUGA